AUGGGAAGACGGAUGGAAGAGAUUAACAAAAAGUUGGAGAAAUUAGCAGCUAACAAACCCACUUUUGAAAUAGAAACUUUCGUGGCAGGCGAGGUUUCGGGUCAGUCUAAUGAAGGCCAAGCAUGGAAACUGAGGAGAGAUUUGAAUGUUGAAGAAGAAGUUGACGUGGUAGGAUUUCAAAGGGAUGCAGAUGAGCUAGCUAGGUUGCUGACACGAAAUGAUCCUCGGCCUCUUGUCACUGUUUCCAUUGUAGGUAUGGGAGGGUUAGGUAAGACUACACUCGCUAAAACUAUUUACAGUAGAAGUGAUGUUAAGAAAUGCUUUGAUACUUGUUGUUGGGUUUAUGUUUCUCAAUAAUAUAGGAUCAAGGAUCUGCUACAGGCUGUUAUAAAGCAAAUCGGAAUUAGUCUCACAUAUGAGAAGAAAAGGGCGUUAGAGAAGAUGGAUGAGGACGAUUUGAGGAGAAUUCUGUCUUUCCAUUUGAAGCAGAAGAGAUGCCUGAUAGUAUUGGAUGAUCUUUGGAGGAAACAAGACUGGGAUAGCUUGAAAACAGCCCUUCUUGUUCCAGAUAAGGGUAGGCAGUGCAGGGUUCUGCUCACCACUAGAAAUGAAGAAGUGGCCAGGUAUGCUGAGCCAUCAAGAGAACCCUAUAAAUUACGCCAUCUGAAUAAGGAGAGUUUGAAUCUGUUUUGGAAGAAAGUUUUCCCAUUUGAAGUUGGAAGUACAGAAAAUUUUUGUUCCAAAAGCUUGCAGGAUUUGGCAGAGAAAAUUGUUGAGAAGUGUGGUGGAUUACCACUGGCUAUUGUGUUACUAGGAGGUCUCUUAUCUGCAAAACGGAAGACGACUACAGAGUGGUCCAAAAUUCUUGAUUCUGCUAAUUGGCAACUAACUCAGGACCCAACAAAUUGCCAAGAAGUGUUGGCUUUGAGUUACAGAGAUCUGCCAUAUCACUUGAAGUCUUGUCUCUAUCUGGGUAUUUUCGCAGAAGAUUAUGAGAUUAGCUGUGAAAAGCUGAUGAGGUUAUGGAUUGCAGAGGGCUUAGUGCAAAGCAGAGGAGAUGAAUUGAUGGAAGAUGUUGCAGAGGAUUGCCUAGAAGGGCUAAAUACAGAGAAGCAUGGUUCAGGUAGUGGAAUGCAAACCAGAUGGCAGCGCUUUGGUUUGUCUUUGUACCACUUCACUGAUUUAAAGUAUCUCCGCUCACUUCUAUGUUUCACUGAUGGCCUACAGAAGGGUUUGCUUGAUUCUCUUUAUGGAGGUUUUAAGCUUCUUAGAGUGUUGGAUUUGCACGGUAGAAGAGAAAUCCAACAGUCGCCCAAGAAAAUUGGAAGACUUGUCCUUCUGAAGUACUUGGGCCUUUCUAGGACUAACAUACGAGUGCUCCCACCAGGUAUAGGCAAUCUGCAGAGUCUGCAGACGCUAGAUUUAAGCUACACUGAGAUCAGAAGUCUACCCAUUUCAGCAAUACUGAGAACGAAGCAAUUAAGGGUCUUAAAGCAUGUCUGCGAACAAUCAGCUGAUUAUAGAGACGACUUCAUUGAUGAAGGUGCUGCUUUUCCCAUGAGAAUAGAUUGUCUGAAGGACCUUCUAGUACUAUGGCUACAUCCAGGCAACUGGUUAACAGAUGGGCUUUAUAAUCUGAUAAAUCUUAGAGAGUUGGUGAUAAAAGGUAACAGAGGAGAGUUAAAAUCGUAUGCAGAUGCAUUAUCAGAGGCUCUUGUGAAGUUGAACCGGCUUCGAUUCUUGCAACUGGAAGAGAGAGGAUCUUCUUUCCUGCCUUUGGUUUCAUUCUCAGGGCAUGACUUUCUCUACCAGAUGGAAUUAGUUGGACAACUUGGGAGCACAGGGAAGCUGCCUGAUCCUUAUGAUUUCCCUCUAAAUCUCACUCAUCUGAGGUUGUCUAAUACUCAUUUUAAGGCAGCAAGACAAACCAAUAGCAAUAUUAGAGAGUCUGCCGUCCCUGAAGUGUUAGUCGGUCAAGGUGUUUCCGAUUUGAAUAGGCUCCAGAGUUUAAUCCUUUCGGAAUUGGAUAGUUUGAUGUAUUGGACAGUGGAAGAAGGAACAUUGCCAGUACUUGGGUCUCUCAGAAUCUAUCGCUGCACUAAGUUGAAGAUGCUGCCUGAUGGGUUGAGACAGGUUAACACGCUCAAGGAACUUAAGCUUACGAUGCCAACGCAAUUCAGUGACAGGCUUCGACAAGGCGGAGAAGAUUGGGAUAAGAUCAAGCAUGUGAAUACUGCCAUCCAUGCUAUGGCCCUCCAGACGCGCAUCCACCGCAGUGACGCCAUCGACCAAAGGGCUGCCAAUCAGAAGCUCCAGGGCGAGCUCCAUCACACUCAUAAGGGGAGUGAAUCUCAGGAGCUGCUCGUCCGCGACCAGGAGGCACAAAUUGUUGGGCGGUUGUGCCCUUUGGUUGUUAGACUUUCCCGAGCUGUUUAG